AUGGAAGAUUUUACUCAUCCAUUAUUAAAUAGUAUUUUUUCUGAAACUCAUCAAGAACUUCAAACAUUGCAAAAUGAUUUUUCUUAUCUUCAAACACAUUUUGUAAAUAUUAAUAAUAAUAAAGAUAAUUUAAAUAAUAAUACUGAUGAAAAUUUAGAAACAAAUAUUAAUAAUAAUGAAGAAGAUUUUAUAAAAAAGAUGAGUGAAACAAUAUGUUGUCAAUAUAAUUGUUUAAAAGAAAAAAUUAAUACUCAAAAAGCUUAUUUAAGAUAUUUUAGUUUUCAAAAUUUAUCUAAAAAUAAUCAAGAUUCUUUUUUAAUGGGUUAUUUUAUUGGUAUUUCAAAAUCACAAGAAACUUCUAAAGGCAACAAAAGAGUCAGAAUAUACUAUGAUUAUUCUUUUGAUUCAGAUAAAAUAUGUUUACAAGCUUUUAAAUUUAUUUAUGGAAUUGGAUCUACAAGAAUAGAAAAUAUUAGAAUUCAUUUAUCUAAAGAAGAUAUUAAAACUAGAAUUCAUAAAUCUGCUAAAAAAUCUAGUCAUACUGCAAUACCUUUUCUUACAAUUAUAAAAAUUAUUACUACUGAAAGUUAUGCAUCUUUAUAUAGACAAUAUUUAAAUGCUAUUCAGCAAUAUGAAAAUAUUGAAGAAUUAUUUAUUAGUUUAAGUUCUUUUAAACGAAUUUUAAAAAAUUAUUUAUCAGAAAUUAAAUUUUUAACACCAAGAAGUAAUUUAUGCUUUUUUUGCAAAAUAAUGCGAUUUAAUACUGAUAAAUGGACUAUAAAAGAAAAAGAGUUAAAAGUAAUUGAAUGGAGUAAACAUAUUGAAACUGCAAAUAAUGAACGUGAAUAUUAUAAACAAUGUAUAAAACAAGCAAAAAUUAAUAUUUUAAAUUUUGAUAAAAAAACUUUAAUUCGACCAGGAAAAAUUAAUUCAUUAGAUAUUGAAUUACAUUUAUCUUGGGAUUUUGCACAACAAGUUCAUUUGCCUUCUUCAUCACAGCAAGAAGGAGAAAUAUUUUUUAAAUCACUUUACAAAAUUCAUGUUUUUGGAAUAUGUGAUGAUGCAUUUCCUCGUCAAGUGACACUUGCAAUGGACAGUAAUGAGUGUAAUGCCCUUCUAUUUGGCAAGUGUAAUACAAUCGAAGUCUGCGUCGUUUCCGAUUUACUGGUCCAGCCUUCAAACCUUUCACGACCCCAAUCACUAUUGACAAUACCUUUUCAACCAAACAAUUCUCUUCCAUCCUUUUUGACCUCGUCAUAUCAAUUUCAG